AUGUCAAACGACGCUGAAAAAGCUGAAAAUGAAAGCAAAAAUGCUCCCGAACCCGAAAAUCCAGAAGCAGUUCCAGAAAAUCGUGAAGAAGAAAAAGAAGAAGCUGUAAAUCCGACUGAAAAUCAGUGAGUUUCAGAAGUUCUGGGCUCCAAAAAAUCAAAUUUUUCAGAAGUGCAAGUGCUGAAAAAGGAGAAGAACCAAAAGUUCCUCUAAAUUCACCGGAUGCGAUUGCGAAAAGCAAAAAUUUGCAAAAUUUAGCUGUUGUGUGAGUUGAAGCUAACUACAGUACCCCAAACAUUUUUUUUUAAUUUUUAGAGCUCCAUUUGUCACAGACAAUGUUUCUGAAGUCCAAAAUAAUGAGUAAGUUUCAGCUGAACUUUUUUGAAUUUCAGAUUUCAAACUGAAAAUUUCCAAUUUCAGACCAGAAGCUCCAAUGGAAGUCGAAGAAAAUGUUGAAAAUUCUCUUGACGGACCAUUUAGCCCAACUAAUUCGUAAGUUCCCGCGUUUUUUUUCGGCACAAAAAUUCAAGUUUUUUUCAGCACUGACAAUGAAGCUGAAAUUCCAGUUCAACAGGAAGAUGUUGAAGAUGUUGCGUGAGUUUCAGAUUUGUUUCAGAAAAAAAAAUGAUGCUAAAACUUCUAUAUUUUCAGAGAAGCUCCUGAAGUUGAAGUUGAACACGAGUUGCCACCAACGUAUUCAGAAUAUUUGGAAAAUGAGUAAGUUUGUUUUCUAGAAAAAAAAUUUGAAAAAAAAUUUUCAGGAACCGUCAAAGAGCUGAAAAUCUUCUUCAAAACCCUCCAAAUAAUGAUAACUCGUGAGUUUUUUUGAAAUUUUAGAAUCCUGAAAUUUUUUUUCGAAAAAAAAAUUCAGAAGUUUCGACAGACAAUUUCGUCCAAUGCCUCUUCCUGAUGAUCGGUAAAUUUUUUUCUAUUUUUUUUUCUUUUGACUUCCCCUAACUCAUUUCAAAUUUUUACAGACAUAAUCCUAGCUUGAAUUUCAGGUUUCCAAAAAAUAUUUUAAAAAAUUUUUUCAGACAAAAUCAUCAGUACUAUGAAGGAAUACAUUUUGCUGAUCCAUUGUAUGUUUCGAAAUUUCAUGAUUAAAAUUUUUAUAAUUUUUUUCAGCGUUAUGUCAAAUCCAAAUCCAGGAAUGCCAUUUCCAAAUCCUUCAGGGUAGGUUCUAAAUUCUCUAGCUCAAGUUAUCUUAUCUCAAACUUCUUCAGAGAAGGUUCAUCUGGAGCACACCGUGUUACACUCCAAGAAAAUGGGACUACAGUAAACCAGUAGGUUUUUUUGAAAGUAAUUUUUGAUCUCCUGAUUUUUCUGGAUUUUUUGACACCCCACAAGCCUAGGUUACUGUAGGUUCUCUUCAAGACCUAAUACCCACAGUAAACCUAGGCUUGUUUGGUGUCAAAAAAAACCGUAGCCGAGAGUAUUACCUUAGGGAUACUGUAGAGGGAUUUGGCGUCACAAGUUCAAUUGAUUUUUUCCAGAUCAAACUUGAAUCCACCAAACCCGAACCCAAUUCCAACUCCAAAUCCCAACACACAUCUUGAAUACGAACAAAGACCAAUAGCUUCUCCAAGAAUGGAAAAUUAUAUCGCUCAAUUUUCACCAAAUUCAAAGUGAGUUCUUAUUUUUGAUUUUCUAAAAAAAAUUUUAAAAUUCAAAUUUUCUCCAGAAAUGUUGCAUAUCAAGUUUUUGGUGUUCGGCCAAGGUAAAAUUAAAAAAAAAUAUUUUUAAAAAAUUUGAAAUUUUCCAGAAAUCCUCCAGUUCAAGUUGAAAGACCAUUGUAUCAUUUGAGACAUUCGGAAAAGUAUUUUUUUAAAAUUUUAGCUUAACUCUGAGAUAUUAACAUUAAUUUAAUUAAAUUUCAGCAGAGCUCAAGCGAAUCAAGCAAAUCAAGCGAAUCAAAAUCCAUAUGUUCAAAAUAAUUCUGCCCAUAAUCCACAAAGGUAAGUUUCAGAAAAAAAUAAAUUGUUUCUGUACAGUUUUUUGGGCUCUCAAAAGCACUAGUUUUCACAAAUUCUGAACUUUUGGCUCAUUUUUAGGCUCUUCAAAAACUGAAAUUUUUUCAGACAUGUUCCAACUCCAAAUCCAAUAACGGGAAGAAUCACUGACCCAUAUAGGUUUGUUUUUUUGUUUGAAAAAAAUUUUAGUUUGCCAAAAAUUCUUGAAUUUUUUUCAGAGACUUCCAACGUGCUCAACAAAUGCAUCAGUUGAAUCAUCCAGAACGGUGAAUUUGAAAAUUUGUGAAAUUCUUCAGGCUUUCUAGGCUUUUCAAGCUCUACAGGCUUUCUGGGCUCCCUAAGCUCUCUGUGCUCUCUAACCUUUCUAACUCUCUAAUCUGUGACUUCCCCUAACUCUAUUUAAUUUUUUCCAGAUAUGCUCCAAUCGGAUCCAACGCAAGACGUCAAAGGUUAUCUUGAAUUUCAGGCUUCCCAAAAAAAAAAAAUUUUUUUUCAGACUUCCAGAAAAUCCGUAUGAAGGAAUGCAUUUUCCUGAUCCACAGUAUGUUUCGAAAAUUUUUUUAAUCAAAAAUUUCAAAAUUUUUUUCAGCGUUCAUCCAAAUCAAUAUCAACAAGCAAGGGCAUUGCCUGGAAUCAUGUAUGUUUUUUUAUUUCAAUUUCAGAUUCAAAAAUUCCAGAUUAAAUAAAAAAAUUUCAGAGCUUCUCCAAAUACACGAGCUCAAUAUCCAGAACUCUACAGAGAGGUUCCAGCAAUUCCAAACAUUCCAUUGCACCAACGACCUAUACAUCCUGGAACGUUAGUUUUUCAAAAAAAAAGAAGUUGCUCUAACUCUCAUUUUUUUGUUGCAGAAUCUAUCCAGCUCCAAAUCAAUUGGCUCACCAGCAGAAUUCUGGCUUUCCACAUCAGCAAGUAGUUUUGGGAAAUCAUUUUGAAAAUCAUCAUGGAUUCCAAAUUUCUGAUGUUCAAAUGUGAGAAAUCCAGAAUUUCAGUUUGAGAAUUCCAGAAAAAAUCUAUUUAUAGACAAGCUUCGCAACAUUUCCAACGAGUCCAAAAUUUUGUCAAUAGCAUCCCUCCGCAAAGGUAAAUUUUGAAACCUUUUUUUUGAAAACUCCAGAAAUGAUUCCUGAGCUUUUUCAGUCCAUAUCGAUAUGAUCCGUUCAAUAUGGACAAUCAAAAUCGGCAUUGCAGAACUUGUACUUGUUCGAAAAAAGUUAGCCGAACUAGAGGAAACAAGCAAAAUUCCAAGAAUGAUAGGUAUAUUUUCAAGUGAAAAAAUAUUUCAAAAAUGAAUUUUUGUUUACAGAAAUCCGUACGAUUGGCCAGAAAAUUAA